CUCUUUUUCAAUUCAGUGCAUUGCACUGCUCUUUAAUGGCUAAAACGUAACACUAACUACUAAGCCAGAAGCUUAUAUAAGAUGUGGUUAAAAAAUGUUCAGUCUUCCACUUCUUUGCAAUUGCAUUGUUGUGUUCGGGUUUGACAUUACAGUAUGGGAAUUGCAAGCCCUAACAAAUGGCAGAUUUAUUAAGGUUGGCAAGGGGUUUGAACCCAGUUCAUCAUGUGGAGCUGCAAUAACUUGUAAAAAUGAGCUUGAGAUGAUCAAUGAGGAAAAUCUUGCUCUUGUAUCAUCACAGUUGAGGAAGGUGCUGAUGAGUCCUUCUUCAGUAAGACAAACAAUGGACUGGAGCAAACAAGCUGGGACAAAAGAGUUGAUUGUUCCAGAUAAUUUUGGAGAACAACAAAUAAACUGUGAUUCGUUCAUAGUGGUUCAUGGUGCUGGAUCAUUUGGACAUUUCCAAGCAAGUAAAUCUGGUGUGCACAAAGGUGGAUUGCCAUUAUCAAUUGUGACAGCUGGGUUUGUGGCCACGAGAAUUUCCGUAACUUCUCUCAAUCUCGAAGUGGUGAGGGCACUUGCCAAAGAUGGGAUCCCCGCAGUUGGCAUCUCCCCUUUUGCAUCAGGGUGGUCUACAUAUAAACGGAAUGUUGAAAAUGCUAAUGUAUCUGAAGUUGUUCGAAUUAUUGAUUCAGGAUUCAUUCCUGUAUUACAUGGUGAUGCAGUAUUUGACAGCUUUCAGGGUUGCACAAUUUUAAGUGGGGAUAUCAUCAUACGUCAUCUUGCACAAGAAUUGAAGCCACAGUAUGUUGUCUUCCUUACUGAUGUUCCUGGAGUGUUUGACCGACCCCCAACAGAAGCCAAUUCUGUGCUGCUAAAAGAAAUUGUUGUAAAAGAAGAUGGCAGCUGGUCAGUUGUGAAACCACUGUUGCCUCAUAUGAACAAUGCAGUGCAAACAACCACUGUAGCACAUGAUACAACUGGAGGAAUGGCUACCAAGAUUUUUGAGGCUGCAGUGAUAGCUAAAAUUGGCAUUGAUGUUUACAUUGUUCAAGCAGGGACUGAUCACUCAUGGAGGGCCCUAAAAGGUGAGCUCCCUAAAACAGAAGAGGACAAUUGGAUUGGAACAAUUGUUAGAAGCUCUCAAUCUGUCACAAUCUAAAUACAAAUGUCGAACGUUUAGAUCCGGCAUGCUUACAGAGGAAUUCAAGAAGAAAUUUGUUUUAAUGGUUUCGGGCACAUGCAAAUGCCCUUUAUUAGUACCCGCCUUUAGGCAGACACCAACACAUCCAAGAUUUCUCAACUGUUGAUUAUUAGUUGUACCUGUGACCAAAACACAAGUCCGAAUUUUUUUUAUAUAAGAUUUAUCUUUUGCAAAGUCCAAAUCUAAUUUUUUUAAUGAAUUAGUGACUAUAUGAUUGGCUGUAGAGUUUUACCUCUUUUUGCAGCCUUAGUGUAGUCAAACAUAAGCAAGUACUUUUAAAACAAUAAAAUAUUGGAGAUUUAAAUGUA